AAUGCAGACUUCGGGUGACGAACGUCUAAGCGCAGAGUUCGUUGUGACCUAUUCAGUAUUAACUUUCUUCCUUCUCCUUGUUUUUGCCCUUUCCUUCCUUCAUUAUCAUAUAGAAAAUAGAGAAAAAUAUCAACGUCGAAGAGAACGGAUAGAAGCUCUCAAAGAUGAUACUAAUGAAAGCGAAAACUUUUGUGGCGUAAAUAGGGCAACAUCUCUAAAACCAUUCGUACGGACUAGAAUGUCAAUGCUAUAUAAUAAAAUUGAUGUGAAGCCAAUCGUAACACACUUCGCUUUAGGUUUUCACGAGGAUUUAUCAGUUAGCAAUUGGAGUAAAAUAAUUAAAUCUCCUAUGGGUCGAAAGAGAAAGAAGUCUCGAUGGGCCUAUGCUACAGGUUUCGCAAAAGACAAUUAUAAAUCUUUUAAGUAUUCAUCGAAUGAGUCUUCAUCAGACAAGACUGACUCCGAUCAUUUUUCAUCAGAAAUUGAGGAUUGUGCUCAUAGUAGUCAAACUCGAAAGGCAGUAAAUAAACCAGCAGUCACCAAGACUAAAGCGAAAAGUCAUAUGGGUAGUCUAAGUGUUGGUGUUAGCGUAUUGAACAAUAGAGUUAAUUCCAGUUAA